ACUGUACCCCCCGCCGCCCUUCCCCUGGCCCUGCUGUGUCCGGUUCAGUUUACACUCACGCCGCGGCCGCGCCUCCUCGACUCUUCCCCGAGAAUCCAGAGGCGGGAUAGGGGGACGAGCGAGAGGGGGAGGCAGAGCUCAGCAUCUUCCAAGCCGAACGCCGAGGACAUCUAGCUCACAUCCAGGACAAUGCCUCGCAAGGUUGUCUCCGGCCCCGACUACGACGACGACUAUGCUGAUUAUGAGGAUUAUGAGGACGAUUAUGAUGAUUAUGAUGAGACUGGAUAUGCUGAUGUUAAGCCCCCUGUGAAGGAGAAAGAAUCAUCGAAGAAGUCUUCAAAUGCAGUGCCUGUGCUUUGGAAGUGCUCCAUGUGCACAUUCGAUAAUCAUGAAACUAUGGUAUACUGUGAGAUGUGUGGGGUUUUCCGGGAAUCUUUCGUCAAAUCUGGCAAGGAUGUUUCGAUCAAAGUAGAAUCUGUCAACGGAAUAUCAAACAAUUCUGGGACAUCUGCUCUGUCAAACUCUGAUUCUACCAAGAUGCCAGCGAAGACUUCUACUACAAACUUCGACGGUGAUUCUGAGAGAAAGUAUGCUAGCACAUCUCAUGAUAAAGUCAAUUCCACACAGUUGGCGUCUAUUGGUAGCUCAUCAAGCACUGGAAAAAAGAAACAACCCGUAAUCUCUGACAAUAAUGUGCCAAUCGAGAGGACACCUCAAUUGAUUGCUGAUCAUUUUCAGCUAAAGGAGGACCAGGGUAGUAGUAGUAGGGCUAGCAGUUCUGCUCAGAAUAAGGGUUCCAUGGAGACACUUUCUUCUGACAUAAGCCAGCUAAGUAUCGAAAGGAAUAAUGUCAAUGUUGCACAGCCUUUACCUGAAGAGUAUAAGCCUGAGGGGUGGAUGCUAGCUGAUCAGGAGUCCGGGGUGCUGAGCCAACUAAACCUUGCAAUAGUGGGUCAUGUUGAUUCUGGCAAGUCAACACUCUCUGGGAGAUUGCUACACCUAUUAGGGAAGAUAUCGAAAAGAGAUAUGCACAAAAAUGAGAAGGAGGCUAAGGAAAAAGGAAAGGGGUCAUUUGCUUAUGCAUGGGCCAUGGAUGAGAGUACUGAAGAAAGGGCAAGAGGUGUCACAAUGACAGUGGCUGUCGCCUAUUUGGAGACCAAGAAAUACCGUGUAGUUUUGCUUGACUCUCCUGGCCACAAAGAUUUCGUGCCAAAUUUGAUAUCUGGUGCAACACAGGCUGAUGCAGCUAUUCUUGUGGUUGAUGCAUCAACUGGUUCUUUUGAAUCUGGUAUGGAUGGGGAAGGAGGGAAAAGUGUUGGGCAGACAAAGGAGCAUGCUCAGCUUAUUAGAAGCUUUGGUGUUGAGCAACUUAUUGUUGCAGUCAACAAGAUGGAUGCUAUUGGGUACUCAAAAGAUAGGCUGGAGUUCAUCAAGGUACGACUUGGUAGUUUUCUGCGGUCAUGCAACUUCCGGGAUUCAGCUGUUACCUGGAUUCCUCUUAGUGCUGUAGAGAACCAGAAUUUGAUUAAAUCUCCUUCAGAUGCUCGUUUUACCUCCUGGUAUCAAGGGUCGUGUCUCUUGGAUGCUAUAGAUUGCUUGCAGCUUCCUUCUCGGGAUGUUUCAAAGCCCCUCAUUCUUCCUAUAUGUGAUGUUAUCAAAUCUCAGUCGACAGGACAACUGGCAGCUUUUGGAAAAUUAGAAACUGGCGCUAUUCGAAAUGGUUCAAAGGUCUUGGUUUUACCUUGUGAGGAAGUGGCGACAGUGAAAUCCAUUGAACGAGACUCUAGUUCAUGCAGCAUAGCGAGAGCUGGUGACAAUGUGGCAGUUAUUUUACAGGGAAUUGAUGGUAGUCGAAUAAUACCUGGCGGGAUUCUUUGUCACCCUGGUUUCCCUGUGCCUGUAGCCAACUACUUGGAGCUUAAGAUUCGAGUGUUGGACAUCGCCAUCCCAAUUCUCAUUGGUUAUCAGGUGGAGUUUCACAUACAUCAUGUGAAGGAAGCUGCAAGAGUAACGAAAAUCGUGGCGUUGCUUGACAAGACAGGCAAGCCAAGUAAAACAGCACCGCGGUUUCUUAAAUCAAAGCAGAAUGCUGUUGUGCAGGUUAUGCUAGAUCAAGCGGUCUGUGUCGAGGAAUUCUCGAAAUGCCGAGCUCUUGGAAGGGCAUUCUUAAGGUCGUCUGGAAGCACGAUCGCUGUCGGUAUAGUGACUAAGAUAAUGAGGCAGGAUCAGCACUAGAGGACCCCUGUCGUCCAAAACCCGGGCCAAGUUGCUGCCUUGCAAGAUCAGUACCUACCGACUGGUACUGUAAUACCGGCGCUGGCAAGUUUUGUUCUCUGUUCGCUUGUCGCCGUUGCUGUUGUGCAUUAGUGCUGAGUUAUGCCUUGUAAAAAUGUUCACACCUGUGAAUGACUUGUAUACCUUGAAUGCUGAGUUAGUUUUAAUUAAGCUGGGGAAUGCAGUAACUUUUUUUGGCAGAAA